ACGAUUCCUUCAUUCAAUCUCGAUUUACAUGUUGUUCGCUGCUCACGGAAGCUUGAAAAAUGUAAAAUCUGUGGGGAUAUGGUUCCAAAAAAAACAUGCAGACGAACAUUUCUUGAGCACUCAUGCUCCUGUAUCCUGUUCCUUGUGUAACGAGACAAUGGAACAUGAGGUAUUAGCUGUUCACAAAGAUGAAAAUUGCCCACAAAGGAUUGUGGCAUGUGAGUAUUGCGAGUUUCCAUUGCCUGCAAUUGAUUUAUUUACGCAUCAGGAUGUAUGCGGGAAUAGAACAGAACUGUGCCAUAUGUGUAGCAGAUAUAUUAGGCUCUGUGAAAGAAAUGUCCAUGAUAGUAGAUGCAAUGGAGGCACAAAUAACAUCACAGAAUCCUCCAGUGACAGAGCGAUUCCUUCUUCCAAUCUCGACUUCCAGAAUCUUGAAAAAUGUAAAAUAUGCGGGGAUAUGGUUCCAGAAAAACAUACAGAAGAACAUCUUUUGAGCAAUCAUGCUCCGGUAGCCUGUUCUUUGUGUAGCGAGACAAUGGAACGUGAGGUAUUAGCUGUUCACAAAGGUGAAAAUUGCCCACAAAGGAUUGUGACAUGCGAUUAUUGCGAGUUUCCUUUGCCUGCAAUUGAUUUAUUUAAGCAUCAGGAAGUAUGUGGGAAUACAACAGAACGUUGCCAUCUGUGUAGCAGAUAUAUUAGGCUCCGUGAAAGACAUGUCCAUGAGAGUAGGUGUAAUGGAGGCACAAACAUCAUUGCAGAAUCUUCCAGGAACACUAGUCCAUCUGAGAGAGAUCAUGGUGGUCCUAGAAGGAAGUUACGUGUAGUUCCCAAGAAGCGGCUUCUAUAUACAACAAUUGCAAUAGCAGGCAUUGCUGUUUUGGUAGGCUCACUUAUUUUCCAGAGGAAAUCUGAAGAUAGUCAAGUAUCCUAGCAGAUUUACUGUUAUCCAUCAACUGAUACUUUUAUCAAAUUGA